AUGACACAGCAGGGUCAAAGGGAGCUCAGGUCCAAAUCCAUCUCAGAGUCUACAAUAAUGGAUCCACAAACAAAAAUUAUCAUUCGAAAGGUUACGGACAGCAUUAAUGCCAAAAUCGUUGCAGAAUUUGAAACACUCAAUAUGAAAUUCACUACAAUACAGACCAAGAUAGAGCAAAACAAGAAGAGCAUCUCGGACAUUGAUCAUAGGUUAGAUAAAGUAGAACAAUAUUUCCGGCGAUGCAAUCUUCGGAUACAUGGAAUCGAAUUCCGACAACAGGAGGAUACAGCACAAACAGUAGCAAACUUCGUCAAAAACAUACUCAAAAUCAAUAAUUUCAGCACCAAGGACAUCGAAUGCUGUUACCAUAUACCAAACCAAUCACUAUUUGUCAAAUCCUACUCCUACAACGUUGAACAGAUUGUUCACAAUGCUAAAAAACUACUGAAAGAAACCAAAAUUCUAAUAAGGGAAGAUCUAACCCCAUUUGGGCUCAAAGCUAUAGCGGCUGCAUCUGCAAAGUAUGGGGCAAGGUCUGCUUGGACCAUGGAUGGUGAUAUACGAAUGAUUAUCAACAAUAAAGUCCAUUAA